ACAAAAGUGACAAGAAUGGAAGUAAGUGUAAUGUCAGCUUUGAUGGACUGACAAAUAUGAUUUAAAUUGAUACAAGCACUUGUAACAUGUUCCUCACAAAGGAACAAACUAAACUGGAUGAAUAGACGACAGUGAAAACACUGCGCCAACUGAGAACAAAGGCAGUCUCAAACAAGAACAUUAAAAAUUUGUUUACAAUCAUGAAUACCAAUUGCAGAUACCAUUUCCUCCACCUAGUUUAUAGCUCGAGCAGACUCCACGUUUUCAUUUACAUGACAACAUACGCAGGUAAAUAUGAGAGGUGACGCACAUUUAGGCCAAUAUUUAUCUGUUUUUCAACGCCAUUAGAAUAUCAUAUUACCUUUACAGGUCACGUUUCUAACCAAAAGGACUCAAAGAUAAUCAUAAAAGACACACCAUUCCGUGAAGCCGUGCAACCUUUCAAACGGCUUUUCGCCCGAAGCGGUUCCUCUUAUCGAAACAGACCUCUCUUUAUUAGUUCCACGAAGGAUUUUAAUUCAUUUUCCAGUGGCCGGAUUUACGUAACAAUCGCUCUCUCGAACAAAACAACAGCACAGUAAUCUACCUUUCAUAUCACACCAGAGCGCAAUAUUUCAUUUGCAGUGAUAAACUGCAUUGUGUACAGUUUUCAAACUACAGCAUCUUGCAUUGAGGCUUCAACUACAAAGCGCACGGGUCUUCACCUUUUUCCGUGCUCGAUGGCGAAAAGGCUUAGACGACUGAAGGAGCGAUUCUUGUCCAAGAUUCACCGGCCCUUUGGCUACAAGAGAGUUCAGAAGAAUACCGAUAGCAUUGAGUGCAGUGAAUCCCGAGCCAACUGCGAAACGACUUCCAAGAGAGAGAUCUUAUAUAGCAGUCUCGGUGCGGAUCAGGAGACUCACAACACCCCAGAAUGCUCACGUCUUCAGAGCAAGGGCAUCUCUCCUCGAGUAUCCGCUUGUAAGGAAAAUGGCACUGUUGAAAUUACAGAGGAAGACGAAGUUGAAGAGCUUUCGCAAAUAAAGCAAACACAGUCGCAAAGGAGAAGGCGUUCUUCGGCUUUUCAGCGAUUGGUUAGCUGGGUAAAACCAGAGAAUAGACGGCAUGCGAUUUGCGAGCAAAUGGAAAGAGAAAUUGAAACACAAGGUGUGAGUCUAAGACAGUAUCGAAAGUUUCUGGCAACAACGUACAUCUUGCACGAUUUAAAAAUGCUGUAAAGAAGCUUGAUUGUACGACCACGUGAAUUGUGUCUACCGGCUUAAGUGAGAGAUGCAGCGACAGAUGGGUAAAAACAUUUAAAUUUGAACAAGUGAGCAAAACUAACCUCCUCACCUACUUAAAGUAUUCACCAAAGUCUAAUAAAGAUCGCAUCGCGUGGUGGAUCUCUAAGUUGGAAAAUUGAAGAUGUUGUCAAUGGCGGGUAAAAGAGUGUACAAAUUCCCUAAAAGAAAUGUGGAAUAUAAUCAACAAAUCCUCGUUCUUCACACACACGAGGAAUUUAUAACGGGAAGCGUGGGCCUUCGACGAGAGGAAAGAAAAAAGACCAAAUAUUAGCGUGCAUUAAGGGGAUACAUUUUAAAUUUGUUGUCUGUCUGAAAUGAAUCAAUAAUCAGAACUGAUUUUGAUGUUACAAAGGAAUUUUGUGGCGCAGAUCGAAGCGUGCAAAUUGUCAGGGAUAGGACGGUGUAUUUCGGAAGUUAUUCAAAACAAGAAGCACCUCAAGAUCCUGAUUGUAAACACAGAGGAACAAUAUGCUAAUAGUUCGCUUUUCGACAAGAUCAAAAGAGCAGCUGUAAAAACCACGCGAUUCAGGGUGCGCCGUUGGUAGGCUCUGAUCAUGAUUACGAUUGAUUUAUUUGUUCAUAGUUGUCUUGUUUUUCAAUAAACUGCACGACUCGAUUGAGAACGAA